AUGAAGAUUGUGGCAGCUGACGAGCCAAGGACGAGCAGGAGGUACGCACUGCUGCUGGCGGCCCGGGACUCGGAGUACGUGCUCAAGGUGUACGGCGGCUACUUCAACGUCUUCGUGAGUGCGUUUGGCUCUGGCGGCGGCGGCGACGGCGACGGCAACGGCGACGUCUGCGAGACGUGGGACAUGUUCCGGGCGGUGGACGGCGAGCUCCCCGACCUGGACGACGUCGGACGAUACGACGGCUUCGUCAUCAGCGGCAGCCCUUACGACGCGUACGCCGACGAGCUGUGGAUACUGCGGCUGUGCCUCCUUGUCCAGGGGGCCGUCGCCGCCCGGAAGCGCGUCCUCGGCAUCUGCUUCGGCCACCAGGUGGUAUGCCGCGCUCUGGGCGGCCGCGUCGGGAAGGCCAGGCGCGGCGGGUGGGACAUCGGCAUCCGGGAGAUGGCCAUGGCGGCGACGCUGCCGCCGUGGAGGUUCCUCGACGCGCUGCGGGACCUUCCCCAGUACGCCAAGAUCACCGAGUGCCACCAGGACGAGGUCUGGGAGGCGCCGCUGGGCGCCGACGUGCUGGCGUCAUCGGACAAGACCGGUGUGGAGAUGUUCUGCGUCGGCGACCACGUGUUGGGCAUCCAGGGCCACCCCGAGUACACCGGCGACAUACUCCUGAGCCUCGUCGACCGCCUCUCCACCAGCCAAACCAUCACCGUGUCGUUCGCUGAGGAUGUGAAGAGGCAACUGGAGGCUACUAGCCCUGACAGAGAGUUCUGGCUCAAGCUCUGCAAAAGUUUCCUCAAGACUGAAGAAUCAUACUACUAG